AUGGGCCUCCACUUCAGCACCGCCAUGGCCACCGGCGUAAUGAUGAAGCGCGCCACACACCGCGCAGCCGAACAAGCCCGGCGUGAUCGCAUGAAAACCGCCAUGGUAGAUCUAGCUGAAUUUCUACUCGACGGCGAAGUUACUUUUGGUAGUGGGACCACAUGUUUUGUUGUUAUGAGAGGGAAAGAUGGCGAGGAUGGGAGCGAGAAGGUGACGGAUGGUGCCGAUGACGAUGUGAGGAAUGGGAAGGGGUCCAUGCCAGGAGAGAAGAAGACGGUUAAUAAAGCGCGGUUGAUUGAGAUGGCGUUGGAGAAGAUGAAAGCGCAGGAAAAGGAGAUUGAGCUGCUGCGCAAGGAGAUUGAGGGGUUGAGGGCGGGUGGAGAUAGUAUGGAUGUGUCGUAG